AUGAUGGGCUCCGUGCUCCCGGCGGAGGCCCUGGUGCUCAAGACCGGGCUGAAGGCGCCGGGGCUGGCGCUGGCCGAGGUCAUCACCUCCGACAUCCUGCACAGCUUCCUGUACGGCCGCUGGCGCAACGUGCUGGGCGAGCAGCUCUUCGAGGACAAGAGCCACCACGCCAGCCCCAAGACGGCCUUCACCGCCGAGGUCCUGGCGCAGUCUUUCUCCGGCGAGGUGCAGAAGCUGUCCAGCCUGGUGCUGCCGGCGGAGGUGAUCAUCGCGCAGAGUUCCAUCCCCGGCGAGGGCCUCGGCAUCUUCUCCAAGACGUGGAUCAAGGCCGGCACCGAGAUGGGCCCCUUCACCGGCCGCGUCAUCGCCCCGGAGCAUGUGGACAUCUGCAAGAACAACAACCUCAUGUGGGAGGUGUUCAACGAGGACGGCACAGUGCGCUAUUUCAUCGAUGCCAGCCAGGAGGACCACCGGAGCUGGAUGACCUAUAUCAAGUGUGCGCGUAACGAGCAGGAGCAGAACCUGGAGGUCGUCCAGAUUGGCACCAGCAUCUUCUACAAGGCCAUUGAGAUGAUCCCUCCUGACCAGGAGCUGCUGGUGUGGUAUGGAAACUCACACAACACGUUCCUGGGGAUCCCUGGUGUGCCCGGACUAGAGGAGGAGCAGAAAAAGAACAAGCAUGAGGUGCCCCGCGCCGUAGGUGCGCCCCGGAAGUGA